AUGAAUCGGAGUAUUUUCUUUGGUAAGCUCACAGCUUCAUUGUUCACCAAGCUUUUGGUUAUGCUUUUAGUUGUGCUUUUCUUCGCAUUCAUCGUCAGCGUUGAAUCCCUUUGCGGUGCUCUUUUCCGUUCAGGACGGAGUUUGGUUCGCGUCGGAAAUAUCGAGUCAAUCGAAGAAAUUCCAAAACGAUCAGUGGAAGUGCAAGAGUUUGUACCAAUUGCUUCUUCUAGUAAAGAAGAAAGUCGAUCGGAAUCUAUACCAUUUGCUGGACCACGAUUCUGGUUCUAG